AUGUUCUCCAAGACUGCCCUCUUCACCCUGGCCGCUGCCGCCACCGCCGUUUCGGCUGCCACCAACGGCACCGUCGUGACCACCACCAAGGUCGUGGACGUGUACACCACCUACUGCCCCGAGCCCACCACCUUUGAGCUCGGCAAAAAGAAGUACACUGUCACGGAGCCCACCACCCUGACCAUCACCGACUGCCCCUGCACCAUUGUCGAGCCCUGCUACACGUGCGAGGCCCAGCCCACCGCCACCCUCCCGCACCCGCCCGUCAAGCCCACCGCGGCCACCAAGCCCGUUGUCCCCGUCGUCACCACCGGUGGCCCUGCCGAGCCUACCCUCGUGGCCGGUGCUGAGCAGGUCGGCGUGGCUGCCAUGGCUGGUCUCGCCGCCCUUGGUCUCUUCCUGUAA